ACAUUUAAAGUGGAGAAAUUAACAUUCAAGUUUUUGUAAGAAUUUAAGAUGAUCUUACCCAGUUGAUGUGAAAGAGGCAUUUCUCUCUUUAUUUUUUUUUUUCUUAAAACGUGUAUGAAUUAGGCACAUGUGCACAUAUUACAGAUAAUACACACAAUACACAUUUGUAUACUUAUGUAAACAUAUGCCCACGCGUGAGUUUUUAUUUUGUGCGUAUCUACAUGUUUGAAAAGGUACUGGAGAAUAUACACUAGUGAGCGUAACUAUUAUUGUUUUUUUUUUUUUUCCUUUUUAUUCUUCGCGAUCGUUGUGAACGCAGUAAGGUGAUUUCUUUGCGAAUUCGUGGAGAAGCGUGAAGAGGGGGGAAUUCACUGUCAGGGAAACUGAGAGAGGAGGCAACAGACCUGCAAAAAAGGCGGCAAAAAAAAACGGCAAAAAAGCAGCAAAAAAUAGCCCAUUUUAAUAGAGCGGAAACGCCCUGGAAGGAUAGCAGCGAGAUGCGCCGCGAUCACCAAAGGCACGCACAAAACAUGUCUUCUCUAUCAACCACUGCUAACCAGCACAGGGAGUUAAAACUGUACACGCCGCGCACUUAAACGUGCGCUCGUGUUGAACCUCCCCUUGUGGACCCACUUGCGGAAGCGAAGAAGAGAGCCUUCUACGCGCACACGCUCACACGCGCACACAGGCACAUUUGAAGCAUAACCCCUUAAUGAAUGAAAAUACUUACGCAAAGAUGGAGGAAGAAAAUGAAAAAAGCGAGGGAAGGACGAUGAGGGGCGUGAUAAAGAACAAGUACUACAUCUCCCCCCAGUUUUCGGACCAAAAGAACGAAACGGAAUACAACGCCCUGAGGAUACACAACAUAAAAGAAUACAUCUGCAUCCACCUAACGGUGUCGCUAUUCAUUAUCUUAAUAGAAUGCUUCGCCUUUUCUGCAAACCUAACCAAAAAGGACGCAUCAGUUAUGGAGCACUUUGUGGUUGUCUUCUCCCUUUUGAAUUGUUUGAUGCACGUGGUUGUGCUGAUAAAGGUUUCCCUUAGCCCGGCCAAAAACUCCCAUUCGAAAAGUUUGUUCGUGGGAUAUAUCAUAAUUAACCAAGUGUUUCAGUUCUUGUCUCUCUACUUCUUUACGAAACAAAAUGGGGAGAAUAAGGCCGACGCCACCCGCUUCACCUUCUACAACAGCAACUUCAGUUUGUAUGUCCACUUCUUUGUAGAUUCGGUGUUUCUUCUCUGCCUGCCCACCCUCAACUUCCUCUCCACGUUGCUAUUCCUCCUCGGCUACCUAAGCACGAACGCGGCGCUGAUGGGCCUGAUUAAGUUUACCUCCGCCAAAAUAGAGGUGGAACUGUACUUCAUAUACAUACUGACCGCGCUGCUGGUUAUGUUCACCAUUUUGAGAUACCUGGCGGAAGAAAGAAAUCGAAUUUUGCUGCACAUGAUUAAGGACCUAAUUUGCAGUAAUUGCAAAAAAGUGGGAGACUUCAAAUCUACAUGCGAGAAGGAAACUGAGUCCAUCGCUGUGGAUAUAGCCAAAGAUGAUAACUGCGACAAGAUGGAAGACAAUUACAAAUUUUUAUUUUCCGACAAGAGUUUUUUUUUCAACGAUUUUACAAUAAACGCGUGUUACAAGGACUACUACUCAGUGUCCUAUUUUUUAAAGCGAUUAUUAAUUGGCUGCGGUGCUAACAAAAAUAAGGAAAUGAAAAAAAGGACUAAUGAGGAGGAAAAAAAAAAAUUCCAAAAUGUGAAAAAGCACCUGAACGAGUCAGACAUUUUAACCAUAGCUUACGAAACAGACGUUUUAAAAAAUGUCAAAAAAAUUAAUUCAGACGAAAUAGGAAGAAACUGGGAUUAUUCCUUUAUCGAUUCUGAGCAUGGGAAAUCAACUCUCGUCAUUUUGGAAGUGGGUUACCAUUUGAUUAGUCCAUACAUGGAAAACAAUGAAAAGAAAAAAAAAAAAUUACAGUUAUUUUUGUUAUUAAUUAACAAUAUGUAUUUCCCCAAUCCAUACCACAACGCAAAUCAUGGCGCAACGGUAUGUCACCUUUCCAAAUGUCUUGCACACAUAACCGAUUUUGACAAAAGCUUAAAUAACACCUACAUGAUUUGCUACUUAAUUGCGUCCAUAGCACAUGACGUGGGUCAUCCCGGGAAAACAAACGCGUACCUCUCAGAAACGAACCACAUUUUAUCUAUUCGCUAUAACGAUAUGAGCAUUUUGGAAAACUACCACUGCAGUAUAACCUUCUCCAUUUUGCAGCUCAUUGGGCACGACUUUUUAAUAAAUAGUGAAGACACCAAAUUGGUGGAAAAAAACAGUUACGCAAAUUUGAGGAAGUUUAUCAUCGAGUUAAUAAUUUCGACGGACAUGAAAUUGCAUUUUGAGUAUGUGGACAUUUUUAAGAAGCGGAAGCGGAGUGAGAACUUUGACAUUAGCGACCGGGACGCCAUUAAUUUGGGGACGAUCAACAUCAAGGUGGCUGACAUUGGGCACACGUGCUUGAAGUGGCGCGACCACGCCAAGUGGACCAUGCUCGUCAGCGAGGAGUUCUUUUCGCAGAAGAAGGUCGAGGAGCUCCACCGGAAGAACAAGAGCAUGGGCGCCUACCAGUGCAACCCCCUGGGGAACGAGCAGUCCAUCGACGAAGCCAUGAUUUUCAAUUACGAAAACAUCUACAUCAACCACAUCAACAACAUCAACAACGUCAACAACUACGACUACAGCUACAUCAAACUGAAUUUCAUCCACCACCACGAUUUUGUGAAGAGCAUCCCCAGCACGCAGGUCUAUUUUUUUGAAAUUAUUGUAAUGCCAUUAAUCCAGGAAUUGCAGUCUAUGGAAAAGGCGAAGAAGGAGAUAACGCAAAAGGUACUUCACAAUUUGAACGUGAACCUGAAGACAUGGAGGUUAAUCGAGAAGAAUAUUAACCUCUUUUAUAACACGGACAAAAUGAGGGUCACAGAUUAUUACAAAAAUUUGGAAAAGAAGAAACUGCUCAGGGGAAUUAUUAGCCUCCUGGACAUCGGUGAAGAGGACGUCAUAUCCUUGACCAAGAAUUACAGCCAGGGGGAAGAUGCCCAGCAGGCAGAGGAGGAGAAGAAAGGGGCAGCGGGGUAG